AUGAAUACUGUAGCCUUAAAAGAGCCCACAUCGGAAUUCAACUCAAGAAUUGCCCCUCACUUACAAAAAGGUAAGAUUUGAAGCCUAAGGUCAGGUGUUGCGUGCAACUAAAUGCCUUCGAACAACUAUAAUAAAUGCCUUCGAAGUCAACGCAAAUGGUUUACGUUUUACCAAAAAAUUACACAGUAUUUUGACCCAUUUCCGUAUGUGGUUUAUUUUUACGUCAAAAAUUUCACCCUGGAUUGUCCUUGAACCAAUUUAACAUUUGCAAAUCUUGGAAAUACCACAAUUAAAAAUCUCAGGGAAUCCUCAUAUCGUAUCUUUAAAGAUGUGCUUGAUUUUCAACAUUCUUUUAUUCAAAACUACAGUACUUUUUUACAAAUGAGGCACAAUAACAGUUUUGUCUGUUGGAAAUUACAAUUACAUAAUGAUUUUCUACACUUUACAUCACGAAUCAUCAUGAAUCCUUUUGAAAUAGAGAGCUCUGGCGAGGUCGAUUUGUAAUAGUUAGUGGAUGCGUAUGCGUAUUAUUGACAUAGACUUCAACCGAAGAGGAUUCGAAGCCUCCUCUUAUUAACCGAAUGAAGAAGAGUCGGUAAGGACGCACAAAAUACAUGGUCGUCACACUGUUGAUGAGGGGCGCUGAAGUCGCCAACAUGCUCGAAACAACGUCAGGGAAGAGAGAACCACCGGUUCGAUUCAAGGCAACCGAGAUGUAGAUGACUUGGGAGAAGCUGGAGAAGACCGGGGAGAUCGCCUGCAAACAAUACUUUUAAUCUUAAUGUAAUUGUACACUAAAAGAAAAAACAUCAAAUUCAAAUUCAUCAAAAUAAAACAUCACGCAUUUAUGAUGUCGACGACAUCAAAAGCAGGAGAUUUUGAUGUUUUCAUCAAAAAAUUUUUUUUGAUGUUUGGGUUUAUCAAAUUGCAAUUCGCAAAUUGAACUCCAAAAAGAAAGAUACAAGAAAUCGGUCGGAUUUCUCUUCAUAAAUUUUGCUACUUUUUGUAAACGAUCGUGAUUGUCAGGUGAGGUAAGCGAAUUUUGUUGUUGUUUUCUUUUAUGUUUAGAUCAGUAAAUGAAAGGUUAUGUAACUUCGUUUGCAAGGUCUUUGGAUUUAAAUUUUAUCGAAUUUCUUUCAAUUUCAGGCCUUUCUUUAUAUUGCACUUGACUUCAGAGCGACUCCCGUUCUGGGUGUGUUGUUUUCCCGCAAAAUGAAUAUGCUCCAUCACACAGCAACAUCAUCAAUUGGGUAAUGGAAGUUGGCACCAUCAAGACCUAUCCGCUUUACCGCAAGGUCUGCCCGGACGUGAAGGAUUACCUGGACUUGCGCUCCGCCUAA